ACUCAUUUAUCAGUUAUAGCGAAAAUGUGUACGAAGGGUGUCGUUUCCUCUCCUAUCAUUGUGAAGGCAUUAUUGUUUUUAAUUCUUCCCAUCAAUGUUAUUUGUAGCUUAUUUUCUUUUGUCGCACCAUUUUGGUUGUUGAGAAAGAUUACGAUGAAAGCUACAAGUCCUACUAGAGAUGUAACACGCAUAAUUAUGAAAGGACUUUGGAUGACUUGUCAGGAUGGAGGUGUUGACUUUGCAGGAAAAGAGGAAACCGGUACCACCUGUUCCAAGUACGAUGAUGAUACCGUUUUAGACUACUUUAACGUCUCAAGAAUUUUUAUGACUGUGGGAACAUUUUGCACAUGCGUUUGUCUUGUUGGAGUAAUCUUUUUCGUUAUUCGGCUAAAAGGUUUAAGAAUCAUCGCCUUUUGUAACGUUCUCUCAGCUGUUGCAGCUGUGUCGAAGACAGUUUGUGUUACUAUUCAAGGAAUUGAUUAUAGAAUAGUCCAGAAGGCCACAGGGUUUGACUUACAUGCAUCUUUUUAUAUUGGCUGUAUAAGUUCACUGUUAUCAUUACUUUCGGUUUUCUUCAUUUCGCUAUUGCUGAUUAACUACUACUCCGGAAAAUACGAAGAGGAAAGCGUCGAUGACAAUUACAUUUCGAGACCAAGAUACGGAGGUAAUUAUAAAGGACCACCAAUUGGAAGACAAAUGAGACCACAGUCGUUCGAAUACGGCCGAAUUCACUCUCAAAUGCCUGGAGUUCGUUAUUAA